UCCUCCUUUCCUCUCAGUCUCUGCCAGUCAGCUUCUGCUUCACUUUGCCUCACCUCUCUGCCACGCCGUUUCAUUCAUGGCUCUGGAAUCAUUCAUCCAAGUCCUUCCAGACUCCCACUUCUCCAUCCAAAAUCUUCCGUAUGGAGCAUUCAAGCCCCAACCAACUGCACCAGCCCGUCUUGCCACCGCUAUUGGUGACUAUGUGUUGGAUCUAUCCGAGAUCGCCAGAUCCGGUCUUUUCAAAGGCCCUGUACUCUCCGCUUCCGACUGCUUCCUUCAGCCUACUCUGAACAAGUUUUUGGCGCUGGGACGGCCUGCAUGGAAGGAAGCUCGUGCUACUCUUCAAAAGCUGUUGUCAUCUACAGAGCCAACCUUGCGUGAUAAUGCAAACUUGAGGCAGAAGUCACUUGUCCGGAUGAGCCAGGUAGAAUUGACCAUUCCUAUUGAAAUUGGAGACUAUACAGACUUCUUUUCAUCCAUGCAUCAUGCAAAGAAUUGUGGGACCAUAUUCCGCGGACCUCAAAAUGCUAUUCCGCAAAACUGGUUCCAUCUUCCUAUUGCCUAUCAUGGGCGAGCAUCAUCUAUUGUCAUCUCUGGAACGGACAUUAAUAGACCAAGGGGUCAAGGCCCUCCUACUGGUCAAUCUCCACCAUAUUUUGGACCUUCAUUGAAGCUAGAUUUUGAACUUGAAAUGGCUGCUGUAGUUGGUCCGGGAAAUGAAUUAGGGAAAGCCAUAGAUGUUAAUGAGGCUGCAGAUCAUAUCUUCGGACUUCUCUUGAUGAAUGACUGGAGUGCUCGAGAUAUUCAAGCAUGGGAAUAUGUCCCUCUUGGACCCUUUCUUGGAAAGAGUUUUGGUACUACAAUAUCCCCUUGGAUUGUGACAUUAGAUGCUCUUGAGCCUUUUGCUUGUAAUGCUCCUAAGCAGGAUCCCCAUCCAUUGCCAUAUUUGGCUGAGAAGAUAUCCAAAAACUAUGAUAUUGAAUUGGAGGUUCAAAUUAAACCUUCCGGACAAAAGGACUCUUGCGUGGUUACAAGAAGUAAUUUCAAGAACCUAUAUUGGACAUUAAGUCAACAAAUAGCACACCAUACAAUCAACGGUUGCAACCUGAGGCCAGGCGAUCUCCUUGGAACUGGGACCAUUAGUGGGCCUGAACCUGAAUCUUUUGGAUGCAUGCUGGAACAUACAUGGAAUGGGCAAAAGCCAUUGCAAUUAAAUGGGACAACUCGAAAAUUCUUAGAAGAUGGGGAUGAAGUAAUCAUCACUGGUUGUUGCAAGGGAGAUGGUUACAAUGUUGGUUUUGGAACCUGUGCUGGUAAGGUUGUCCCACCACGCUAUUGAGGAAACUGUUAUGCUUGGAGAUAAAAGAAGAGCACGUUCCACUCGGCAGUCGUCAAUUUAAAAGAUAUCUUGCUGGAAGUUCACAGAGCUGAUGCAAUGGUGUCCGAGUUCUGUGUUUAUAUGUAUUUAUGAUUUGCUUCUACAAUGUUAUUUUAGUUUUUUCCUGGAUACGUAAUGUUAAUUUAGUUGUAGCACUUGAUAGUUUGCUGGAACCAGGAUUGCCUAAUAAGUAAUUAACUUAUCCAGCUAGCAGAUUAGCUUUUAUUUA